AACCACUUGCCUUGUCCUGCCUGGGCCUUAGGGGGCUUUUCAUCUUUUCCAGCUUGACUUCGAAGAUGCCUCAGUUAUUGCGAAACAUUAACGGGAUCAUCGAGGCCUUUGAACGCUACUCCAGGACAGAGGGCGACUGUGCCGUGCUCAACCGAGGGGAGCUGAAAAAUCUCUUGGAGCACGAGUUUGCCGAUGUGAUUGUGAGACCCCAUGACCCGGCAACAGUGGAUGAAGUCCUGCGCCUGCUGGAUGAAGAUGGCACAGGGACUGUGGAUUUCAAGGAGUUCCUGGUCUUGACGUUUAAAGUCGCCCAGGCAUGUUUCAAGACCCUGAGCGAGAGUCCUGAGGGAGCUUGUGGCUCUCAAGCAUCUGGAAGCCUCCAGCCUGGGGCCUCACAGGAGCCCGGGGGAAGACAGACAGCUGGCACUGAAGUGGGAAGUUCCGGGAAAGGGCAGCAUCAUGAGGGGAAUGGCCAUGGGCAGAGCGAGCAGGCAUCCGGAGGGCAGGGCAGGACUGGGCCUCAGACCCAGGGCCAGGACAUCGGCUCUGCCUGGGUCAGUAGCUAUGACAGGCAAGCUGAGUCCCACAGACAGGAGAGAACGAGCCAGCAGACACAAGUUCCUGGGCAUGUGGGGCAGACGCAGAGAGUAGCAGAAAGCAAGAGUCAUCAGACCAGAGAGACAAGGUCAGAGAGACAGUCACAGACCAGGGAGCAGGACAGAGCACACCAGACAGGUGAGAUCGUGACUGGAGCUGGAACUCAGACCCAGGCAGGUACCACCCAGACCGUGGAGCAGGACAGGAGCCAUCAGAAAGGAAGCACCAGCACCCAGACUCAGCAGUCCACCCAAGGCCAGAACACAGGGACUGAGACCCAAGGUCAAGACAGGAGCCAAACCAGCCAGGGAGUGACAGGCGGACGUGUCCAGUCACAGGCAGGGUCACAAACCCAGACUGUGGAGCAGGACAGGAGCCAUCAGAAAGGAAGCACCAGCACCCAGACACAGCAGUCCACCCAAGGCCAGAACACAGGGACUGAGACCCAAGGUCAAGACAGGAGCCAGACCAGCCAGGGAGUGACAGGGGGACGUGUCCAGACACAGGCAGGGUCACAAACCCAGACCGUGGAGCAGGACAGGAGCCAUCAGAAAGGAAGCACCAGCACCCAGACACAGCAGUCCACCCAAGGCCAGAACACAGGGACUGAGACCCAAGGUCAAGACAGGAGCCAGACCAGCCAGGGAGUGACAGGGGGCCAUGUCCAGACACAGGCAGGGUCACGAAUCCAGAUUGUGGAGCAGGACAGACACCAGAAUAUAAGCCAUGUAGGGGCUAGAGAACAGGGACAGACCCAGACGCAGUCAGGCAGUGGUGAAAGAGGGACACAGGUGAGCAACUAUGAGCCAGGAGAGACAGUGCUGGGAGGACAGGCCCAGACUGGGGCAAGCACCAUGGAAGGAAGACGGGACUGGACCAGCACUCACCCAGGGUGCAGUGAGACAGGAGGGCAGGGAGAGAGAGAGCCCGCAGUGGUUGGCCAGGAGUGGGUUGAUGACUACACAAGGGAGGUAGUGAUCCACAGGCAGGACCAGAGCAGCCCUCACACUGAUGUUCCUUCAGCACAGGGCCAGGGUGCAGCCCAGACAGAAGGCAAGCGAGGCAGUGCAGCUACAAGGCUGUAUUCCUACUUCAGAAGCAGCAAGCCAUGACUCCCUCUGACACCAAUGCUCAAUACCAAAAGAAGACAGCUGGAGAGAGGUUGACUUGUCCUGCCCUGGCCAAUCCAGUUGGUACAUCCCUGGAUAUCAGCUCUUAAUCAUGGUGCUUCCCUUUUAGGUCUUUCUCAAUGAGUUCAUUUCUGCAAGGUACUUUCUAUCCUAAGCUCCUCUUUUACCUGAUUUGCUGUGCAGGCCCUCUCAGAAGCAGGAAGACAUUGGAGCAAGUCCUCCAUUGUGCUAAAUUCUCCUCGGCUUGCGGGGGGGUUUUCAGGACACUUUUAUCUCUGCCACGUCUAUUGCUCCAUCUACCUUAAUAAAACUUUCUCA